GUUGGAAGUUCUUUCUCGGUAAGGGCUGCAUCUGUUACUUUGCACAAUGUGGAUUACGUUUCCUAUUUCUAAUUACGACUUGUGAUUUGUUGCUCCUAAAUAAGUCAAUACUUGUGAAAUUAUCGUUUCUAAAUAGGUAAAUAACUGAUGAUUUUUGUAAAUAUUGGCCGAAUAAUUUACGUACUUAAAAAAAACGGCCAUUCCCUGCACCCUUAAAAAAAAAGAAAAGAAAAUUAUUAUAUUCGCAUAGUCGUUCUUUGCGUAAUGAAAUUGAAUAAAUAUUUUUCCUAUCUUUUAAUGCGUUUAAUUUAGUCUUUAAAUGAAAAGAAAACCAAAAGUGUUUUUUAUAAUAUUUUGUUUACAUUAUUUCCGCGUUUUGAACCGCAUCCAGGAACUUAGGCAGUUAUUUAAUUAUAUGUGGCCCAGGCAGCUGGAUUCUUCCUUUUCGCGGAUUUUUAGGUUCAUUUGCACUUAGUUUCACAUGUUCAUUUACACUCUUGUUUCAUUUGGGCCUAAAUUUAUUAAUGAGAUCCUCUUCCUGGCAGUCUCAAUAUUGUGCAACUAAACAUUUUGUACUCGUCAAUGAAGUCGCUAAGAUUCAACGUCGACCUAAGCGAGCUGGGUCUUGGUUUAGGUCUCUUACCUCUGCGUCAGUUGGUUCUAAGGGAUCGUUAUACCAGUGGGAUCGGAAUCCCAAUGAUAUCCCAUUUGGAAGAGGGAUCUUAAUCAAGAGGGUGUUGUAAUCCUAAUGGGAUCCUAAUGGCAUCCCAAUCGGGAUCAGGAUCCCACUGGGAUCUAGAUCUCAAAUGGGAUAUGGCAUUCCAUUUGAAUACGGGAUCCCAGUUGGGAUCCGUAUCCUAAUGUGGUUGAAAUCCAAAGGGGAUCCCCUUUGGAAAAGGAAUCUGAAUCGGGAUCGGGAUGCCACCGCAAUUGGGUUCCAGAGGGAUUCGGGAUAUUGACGGUAUAGGGAUACCAAUGGGAUCAGGAGGCAGUCCGAGCGCCGGGUAUUUCGGCUAGUUACAAAUAAAAUACACUAUAAAAUAAUUUCUUUAAUUAAUACUUACAAGCAAUGUUCCCCUUAAGCUGCGCGGUUGCGCGGCCGCGCAGCAAUCUCACAGACGCCGCGCAGCAGUUUUGAGUACCGCGCAGCUAAUUUCCACUUAAGUGUGUGUGUGUGAUUGUAAGCUGUAAAAUUUUGAGCGCACAAAAAAUUGAUGCUGUAAAAAUUUUUGCACACAUCUUAAUGAUUUUGCACACGAACCAACAAGCCUUAGAGGGAACAUUGCUUAUAAGAUACAAUAUUUCGGUACAAAUGCCUUUUUAAGAGAUAAAGUAUAUUUUAUUCACUACUAAGUAAUUAUAUUUUAAAUCAAAUACUUUAUAAGAAUAUAUAUAUAUAUAUAUAUAUAUAUAAUAUAUAUAUAUAUAUGUAUAAUAUAUAUUUAUAUAUAUAUAUAAAUAUAUAUUAUAUAUAUAUAUAUGUAUAUAUAUAUAUAUAUAUAUAUAUAUAUAUAUAUAUACUAGCCAAUAUACCCGGCCUUGCCCGGAAUUGCAUUAGGACCCCAAACCAAGCUCAGCCACUUUCCCCCCGUUCCCAAUGGGAACACGUAACCGAUGGGUUUCAGUUUACUGUUGGAUUUCAUUCCCCAUUAGGAUCCUGUUCCUCUAUGGGAUAAUGCUUAGUGAGAUUUUGUUCGAAUAAACUUUUAGAUCCCAUUAUAUAUCCACAAAGAACAAUAAAGAACCUUCUGGAACAUUCUAGAUUAAAUUUAAUAUUUUCCAUGAAACUUGUAAAAAAAUUAAUUUUCUACGUAAUUAUUUCUCUAAUGUGAAAUAUUAUACAACUAAAUAGUACUUAUAUAACUAUAGUACAUUUAAAUAGAAAUAGGGGCCUCGGUGGGAGCCCAUUUAAUAAAGUACUGUUUUAGUUAUGUCUUAGAUUGGGGGGGGGGGCAUAAAAAUCAUUGAGAUAAAUUAUAGAGUUAAAUUUAAAAUUAGCUCAUUAAAAUCGGAUAAAAAUGCCAUAGAUAUUUCUUUUUAAAUUAUCGAUCUUUCAAGAAAAUUCUAGAACGGCCCUGCAUUGAUUGGAUAUUCUUAGUUAUAAAUCCACCGAUAUUUCAUUACCGGACAAUGAAGUUUAUUGCUACAACGCUAUGGUUAUAUCGAUCAAUUCACAUAGAACCUAUAGUGUUGUUCCAGCCUAUUGGUAUUUAUAUAGAUUAUAUCAGGAAAAAUAAAAUGGGGCCCCCGGCCUCAGAAGAAUGGAUAUUGUGAGUUCAGUAUUGUUCGGUAUUUGAAUAUGGAUAAUCAAGUAUAUGUGUACUAAGUUUGGUCAAGAUCCAUCCAUUCAUGCAGGAGUAUUAAGCUUAUUGAUAUUUAUAUAGCAAAUAUAGGAAAAAAAUAAACUGGGCCCCCGGCCCCAGAAGGAUGGAUUUUUUUAGGUCAGCAUCCUUCGGUUUUUAGUAUGGAUAAUUAAGUGUAUGUGUACUAAGUUUGGUCAAGAUCCGUCUAUGGAUGUAGGAGUAUUUGUUGUUAAUUUUAUUUAUAUAGCUCAAACUAGGAAAAAACGAAUUUGGGCCCCACAGCCCCAAAUGGAAUGUUAUAAAAACUUUAUAACCCUUAUAGAGUUCCUUCUGGAUCAUAAUGGAUAUAUGUGUCAAGUUUGGUCAAGAUCCAUCAAUACACGUAAAACCCUUUGGGGAACAAACAAAGCUACAAACGUUCACUUUUAUAUAUAUAUUUUAUUUAUAUUUUUUAUUUUAUGUUUGUUCCAGAUCAUAAAAUGUCGGACUCAAAAUUGAGCUACAAUUUUAUGUUACUUGGGAAAACAGGUUCAGGGAAAAGUUCAACGGGAAAUACUUUGCUGGGCCGUCCAUGUUUUAAAACGUCUUAUUCUUUUAAGUCGUGCACAAAAUAUGUAGACAAGGAGUCAAAUGAGUUUAGUCAAUUUAUCUUUACUGUUGUAGACACACCUGGUAUACAUGACACAAAGAAGGACAUGGGAAUAAAUCUAAAAGCUUUCUGUGAUGGAAUAAGUCUCAUUCCAGAAGGACUCAACAGCCUGUUAUUGGUCCUCAAACUGGGCGACAGAGGCACAAAAGAGCUGAAUGAAACAAUAGUUGCCUUAAAAAAUACAUUAGGGGAUUCCUAUUUCGAGAAGUUCUGCAUCAUCGCCUUAACGCACGGUGAUCUGUGCCCAGAUUUAAAUAACAACAAUAUUCAACAAUGGUGCAAAAACAAGGAGAACAUUGAACAAGGCUCCGAACUUCAGACUCUAAUGUCCAAAUGUGGCUAUAGAGUUGUUUUGUUUUACAAUAAAGACGAAGAUAAACGUGAGGAGAGUGUCAGGAAACUUUUGAGUUAUAUCAAGCCACAGGCUCCUCGUUACACAAACAAACAUUUUCUAAAACAUGCCGAUAUUAGGAACACCUAUUACACCAGUUUGGGUUUGACCAAACCAAGAGCUAAGAUUCAGAAACAACUCAGCGGUAUUGGCGCGGAAGUUGACAACUUGGUAAAAUACAAUAAAGGAGAUGUCGACAAACUUUUGUUAAAAUUAGAUGAUUUGCUCAAAACAAUAGAGGAAGCAUCUAAAGGCACAGACGCAAUGGAUGACUUUAAGUUCAGAGUCAAUGAGUUGAAAGCUAAAAUAAAAAACCACCCUAAAGAUGGAAAAGGGGGAACAGUAACACAAGAGAAAAUACAUCUUGGAAGGAAAGGUUGUGGGAUUGUAAUUACUUUAGUGGGAGUCGCAGGAGGUUGUUGUGCUAGUGUACCACUAGCCAAUACUAGAGUAGAUGGUGGUGCUUUAGCAUUUGGUAUUACAUUAGGUAUUGCAUGUGGUAUUGGAUUAGGUUUGGUCAAAUUAUGUUCAAAGUUAUUUUCACUGUACGAAGCGAGACAAAGGACCCGUAAUCAUCCAACAAUGUAAAUGAGUAUAAAGAGAAGGUAUUUAAGAAAUACCAAGAGGCGGGGAAAUCGGACAAAAUGGCAGAGGGUGGCAGAGUUGUAAUCUAUUUUUCAUUGAAAUAUCUUUCGAGAGGUAAUUAAAUAAGUUCUAAAAAAAUAUUAAAUUUUUCUUUAAUGUCAUCAACAACAACAAAAGAUUAAUUAUAGUGUCGACAAAUUAUUUGUCAUUUUUUAGAAACCCUCAUCAACCCCCCCCCUCCUCCCCCGCCCCCGCGGAAGCCAAAAAAAAUUAAAACACGAGAAAAUAUUUCUAUAAGGGAGAGAGAAAAAAAAAAAGAGUAAAAUUACAAGUUUUAUAUCGAACGCUCUUCGUUAGUGUGAAUUGCACCGGCACACAUAAUAGUCACAGACGCUAUCACUUAAACUAAUUUCUUGUGUUUGGUUUGUGUUAGCAUUUUGUCUAAAAGGAGACUUGAAGAUGUGUGUAAGUGUGCAAUAUGUUUUAAUUCGAUAGGUUAUAUAAUUAGGUUGAAUCGCUGUUACUCUGCUGUCUUAUGGAUGUUUUUGUAUUUAAAGUUCAACUCAAACAAUUAUUGGUAUAUAUAAUUAAUCCUUGAAAAGAAAGCAAAAUAAAUAAUAGCCAUUUCAGGAUGUAUUAUUAUUUUAUUUUACAUAUAAAACGGUAGUACUUUUUUUAGCAUUGGCGGUAUUAAAAAUUGCAUACAGUGGAGCGACUACACUGGCCUACAAUGGUGUAUCUCUGUAUUCCGAUUUUAUUAUUGUAGAAACAAGUUAGACUGAUCAAGUUACACGCCCAGCUACCUAAACAUCUUUGUAUACACUGUGAGACUACCUAAAAGUAUAUAUAUUUUUAAGUUUAUAUGUUUGGAGUUGAUAAUUUUUUUUUUAAAUCAUGCCUAAUUCAUUAUCACUGAAGUUAUCAGUUUCAUUGUUAUCGAUUUUAUCUGUUCGAUUAAUUUGUGUUUCAUUGUUAUUGAAAUUAGUAUUUGAUCGUUUGAUUACUUUCUGCGAAUCAGUGUUAACAACGUUACUUAUUUUGUAGUCUAUUUUUUCCCCUUUUUUUUGUUUUUGGUCUUCACGAAUUUUAUUUUAGCCUUUUGAUAUGUAAAGAGAUGUAACUUAAUUUUAUUAUAAUUUUACUGGAAUGAUUGUUUCAAAGCUCCAAAUAAGAUAUAAAUAAAUGAGCAAAAAUUAGACCGCACCAUCCCUCACCCCAGCCCCACAACUUUUUUUUUUCUUAAAAAAAAAAAAAAAAAAUGAGACUGUGAAAACUUUUUAUUAAUUUUUCAAUUAAUUUUUUCUUCACAAUUGUCAACCCUUUGUAAUUUUUCUCAUUCAAUAUUUAGUACAAUUUUAUUUUUUUAUUUACUGGAAUUAUUGUUUCAAAGCUCCAAAAAAAAUAUAAAUAAAUGAGCAAAAAUUAGACCGCCCCAUCCCCCCCCCCACCCCCACAACUUUUUUUUUUUUUAAAAAAAAAAAAAAAAAAAUGAGACUGUGAAAACUUUUUAUUAAUUUUUCAAUUAAUUUUUUCUUCACAAUUGUCAACCCUUUGUAAUUUUUCUCAUUCAAUAUUUAGUACAAUUUUAUUUUUUUAAAGUAAUAAUACAAUGUGUAAUUUAUUCCAAUAUUAACAAUGUAUUUCUUUUUUUCUCUGAAAUAAAUAUAUUGUUUGUUUGCUUACUUGUAAACAUUGCUAUGUUUUAAAGAAAUUGGAUAACAUCAACUGUAUAAAGAAUAUUCCACAAUACAAUCAGCUGCUUUUAUGACUGACUACUGAGAUUUAUUUGUUAACAUAUGUUUCGAAGACGAAAAGAAACAUUUAAUCAGCAAAUUUUGCACUAACAAAAAAGCAUUUUUUUUAAAAAAAAUAAAAAUAAUAUACUUUUUUGUUGAAAGUGUUUAUAAGGACGACCCAUUUUGCUGGUAUAGGUUAUCAUUUAUUUAAAUUGAGGCACGCAAGUUGAAAUAAUUAAUUUGGCUGAACCCAUGUACAUUGCAAUAGACUCAGAAAUGUUUAGUCAUAGUUUGAAAACGAGCUCUUUAGAUCGUAUUAUGCUAAUCUAUAAUCUGUGUUAAAAUUUUAAAUUAUAAUUUCCUUCUGACACUUACAUAAUAGAUUACAAAUCUAUAUACUAUCUACAUUUGAAUUUUUUUAUUUUAUAGCCAGAGAUAAAAUUUUGAUAAUGUCAAAUUUGUUCUUUAAAAUGUUUAAAACAUAUUUUAAGUGUAUGCAUAUUUGUAGUGUCUAUUCUGUUGUGAAACAUAGUAAGGUUUAAAAACCUAACACUAUUCAUAAAAUAACGCAUAUAAAGAAUAUUUUUUUAACUUAAAUGAGUUUAUACACAGGCAGUUGCCAACUCAAUGAUUAAAAGAAAAGUGAUCCACAAUAACUAUACAAAAUUAUACUUAAAAUUUUCUUUUUUACGUUUUUUUUUUUUUAAUUUUCUGGGGAGUCUUCCCCCAGAAGUACUGCAAUACUGAGGUCUUCACUCUCAAUUUUGUCCUUAUCUGACUCUUAACCCUUUCGGGUCUCAUGGCCUUGCGGCUCUCUUUCACUCUGUAGCAGUGAUCGUCUCGACCCCGGCCGGACACAAAGCGAGAUAUCACGGGUUAUCUAGAAAAUUUUGAAAACCAAACAUACUACACUUUGAUCUUAGCCAAAUAGCCGAGAUGCAAUCUUUCAAUCAUCAUUAGUGCCACCACAUCCUUCCACUUGGGCCGAUUCAUGACUUUUGGUUUCUAUGCGCGGAUCCCCAGGUAAAGUGAGGCCCUCUCUGUACUGUCACUACAUCCCCGGCUUGGUCGACCUGUGAGCCAUCUUAGCCAUGGGUGCCAUGUGUGGAUCCCCUACACAACUCUUUAAUCCAGGAUCCAUUCAAGUUGUCCCAUCCUGCGAACUAUGCCGCGACUAUGGAGAGCAUUUCGAAGAAUAUAUUGAUAUAUUUCUUGGUUCGUUCGAACUUUGUAUUGAUUAAUAUCUAGCCAUGUUCUCUCUAUUUUUUUAAAGAUCACCCCCUAGAGUAUUUAGCAUGUUCUCGGCUUUCUUGGGGACAGGCCAAGUCUCGUUUGCGCACAUUACCAAUGUCUAAAGUAGUGUUGUGUAUGGCAUUCUUUGUUUUAUUUUAAAAAAUUACUGCUUUCUAGUAUUUUUGUAGGCUGUCAAAUAAUUUUUAUUUCGAAAUGAUCAUUGAUAGUAGGUUCCUUGUAUCUUAAAGCAAACACUUAAAGGUGUGGUUGUUUAUUUUUAUGUUGUCACCUGUAUGUAUAAUGCUUGACAUUAACAUAUUUCUGUUCAUCGCUUCAUGUACCCCAAGACCAGCUUGGACUGAGGCAUCUGCAAAUUAACUGAAUACUCUAUAAUUAAAUUACUGCUUUUUCUACCUAGUAGAGACGCUAAAAAAAUUGAGUUUUAAUAAAUGUACUAACUUUUCUAUUAAUAACUGAGGGCCGUGAUUUAAUAACAAAGGUUAGAAU